AUGUUGAUUAAUGAUAAAACAGAUAAAGAUCAAGGAGGUAAACCUAUUCAAAAUGGAGUUUUUACUUUAAGUUAUGCUAGAUUACAUAUGAAAAAAUUAUGGCAGAAAGGAGCUAAACCUAAUGCUAGAUGUUUGUAUAGUGAUACAGAUAGUUUAUGUGUUUAUGAAAAAGAUUUUGAUCUUAAUUCUGAAAUUAUUGGAGAUGAAAUGGGUAAAUUAGAAUUAGAACAUAAAUUUGUUCAACUUGUAUGUACUGGUAAAAAACAAUAUAUGGGAUCUUAUAUAGUAGAUGAUGAAAUUAGAUAUAAGAAAAGAUUUAAAGGUGUGCCAUUACAAUAUAUUACUCCUGAUUUAUAUACUCAUUUAUUAGAAGAUAAAAAAGCAGUAGUAGAGUUUCUUAAAUUUAGAAGAGAAUGGGGAUCUGUUAGAGGUUAUAUAGAACAAAAGAACUUAAAAAUGACUUAG